AACCAAUAUGUAUAAACUGCAAUCGAAAUGCAAGAAUGGACUAAACUCAACUGUCCAGCACCUCGAGCACCUAGAAAUGGGAUCAGUUUUAUUUUUGAUGAUGGUCAAAGGGUACAAUAUCGUUGUCAUCCCGGAUUUAUAAUGAAAGGAAAAGUUUCCUCGGUUUGUAUAAAUAAUAAAUGGAAUAAUCCUCCUCCCUUAUGUCUUCUACCAAACACUUACCAAGAUCACUUGUCUUCAUCAGAUAAAGUUGCUGUACCAACAAUUCGCAAUAGAUUUAAUUGGGAAUCCAAUGAUAUGGAACCAAGUCACAUUUCGCUACGAUAUGGAAAUGGUUCUAGUAGAUUACCACUGAUAAAUGGGCUGUGGAAAAAUCCAUCUACGAAUAUAGAUAGCCGGGUUCUAUCUAUAGUACCAGAUUCGAGCUUAGGAAAUUCAGUUCCACCUAAACAACUAAUCAAACAAGAAGUAGAUAUAGCUGAACUCCGUAAAAAGUUAGAACAAGAAGUAAAAUCUUCGAGACACAUAAACGAUAAAGGCAAUUCCAUUACGAAAUUAGAUCCUCAAUAUCCACCAUUUUACGUUAAUCCGGAUGGUUUCGUAUUGGGAGUUUCAAAUUCGAAUCGAUAUCCCGUCUAUAGUUUAGGUACAAUAUACGAUUCGAAUAGAAAUAAUUAUCCCGUAUCCGGUUAUCUGGAACCAGAGAUGGUAGAAUUAAGGAGAAAACAAAUAGAAGAAGCUAAAAAUAUUCAGAUGAUUGCUGCGAGUAAAAGGCAUAGAAAUAAAUUUAACAAUAUUGUAACGUACAGUUCCAGAGACAUACCCGUUUGGCAAGGAAGAAUUAAGCCACAGAAUAGAUACCAUACGGAAAAAACCGUAUAUAAAGCAACCAGAGUCGAAAGAAACAAGCAUUUCGAACAAGAUAAACCACCGAGUGCGCCAUUUAAUACGAGAACAGUUAUAAAACCAAACCCACCAGCCAUAGAAAUUAACAAAGAGAACUUCUCAACGGAUAUACCCAAAUUUUUGAGUGUUAAUAGGCCUACUGUUCCAUUACUGACGGAAGAUAUAGUGAUAGCAACUAUGCCAACACCCAUAAGUGAAUUUUUAAAUUUAGGUAAUUCAGAAAACAAUAAAUCUACAAAUCCUACUGCAUUUCCUCGAACUUCCACAAGUGAUUCGAAGAACGAAUUGCAUGUUGCUAAUAAAUAUAAUCGCGAUCCUCUUGAAUGGCCUCCUGAAGCUUUAUGGUUUAAACAUGAAACAACAGCGAUACCUCGAUUAUUUGUAACACAGAGAAUUCACGAAAAACAGAAGAAAAAAUCGUCGAAUAAGAAAUCAAAUAGAGGAAACAAACGAGGGAAGAAUACACGAAAGUCUCAAAAGGCUCCAAUUGUUACAUUCAGCCAUGGCAGAGUCAAGAGCACAAAUUUGAAGAAAACUCAAAAAUAAACAAGAAAAUUCAACGUAUGAAUUAUUUAAAUUAUAUAAAAUUCAUAUUUUAAUUCCAAAAAAAAAUAAUUCACAAUAUAUUUUACUUUUUGCAUUUUUUUAAAAUAUAAUUAAAAGCUCGUGCAAAUUAUAUAACCCUCAAAUCAUCGCUGUAAAGUUUAAUUAACAUGGACUAAAACCUAAUUAAAUCAUAUUUUAAUCGCGAUUUAAUAAAAACGGUACUUAAAAAAAAUUGUUA